UCCCUCGUUACCUGGCCGUAUGAAGGCAUGUCUACACGUAUGCACAUUACCUACCCCGAAUCCGCCGACGAACCAGCCAUUCCGCCCACCCAUGCAUGAUCCCUCCCCUCCACUCGCUCGUCUUCAUUCACCCUCCUCUUCGCUUCACCCGCCGUGCCUCGCCUUGCUUGGCCUCCCACCCUCCCUGUCCGCGCACAUUCCGUCCACGUUGUAUGCAUACCUAGCUAGCUAUACUCGGUUCGUUAUGUAGCUACCAUCUUCACGUUACAUGCUAGCACACCCCUUUUUGACCGAUUCCGUCCAUCAACUUCUCUACGCAUGACUCUCUCGACAAAUUGCUACUCGCCAUGGCCAAAAAGGCGCGUCAAAGGAUAAGCUACGUUCUGGAACUGGAUCAUUCGUCGUCUGGUGGCCAUAGGCUCGGGGUGAACGGGCUCGCCGUGGACCGAGACAAUGCUAUUCUCUAUUCCGGGGGUAGAGACGGUGUCAUCUGCGCCUGGGAUCUGAACCUCGAUCUCGGUAACCAUUCCGACCGUGACCGCGCUUCCACCCGCAGCUCGAGAUCCCAGCCGACCACCAAGUUUCGCGCCUCGACCCAAGCCCACACCCACUGGGUCAACGACAUCGUACUCGCCUCGAACAAUACCGCUCUCGUCUCUGCAUCUUCCGACCUGACUGUCAAGGUAUGGCGGCCCAGUUUGGGAGACGCCGAACCUCACACCAUCGGUCAGCACGCCGACUAUGUCAAGUGUGUCGCAACACCUAGCUCCGCCGACUGGGUAGCCUCGGGCGGACUCGACCGGAAGAUAUACCUCUGGGAUCUCAAUGGCAAGGGGAAGUCUCUGGAGAUCGACGUCAGGGGAGAGGACGUUAGCGAGAAGGCCUCGGUGUACGCCAUGAGUGUAGGCCGAAAUAUUCUCGCCAGCGGCGGUCCGGAAUCCAUAGUGCGCCUGUGGGACCCGAAGUCGGGCAAGAGGAUCACCAAGUUUGUGGGCCACACGGACAACAUUCGCGCCAUACUCAUGAACGAGGCCGGCGACACCGUCAUGACUGCUAGUUCCGACCAGACUGUCAAAGUAUGGAGUGUUACCGCUGGUCGGUGUGUAUAUACCCUGACUAUGCACAACGACAGCGUCUGGUCGCUUUUCUCCGAGCACCCCGAACUGGCCGUUUUGUACAGCAGCGACCGAUCUGGUCUGAUCGUCAAGACGGACACGAGAGGCGUCGUGGAGAUGGAUGAGGGGCUGUCUGUUGCCGUCGCCCAGGAGCACGACGGUGUGAGUAAAGUGGUGGCCUGCGGAGACUACAUCUGGACGGCCACCUCUAGCUCUUCUAUCAAUCGGUGGACCGACGUUGACACUGGGCCCGACGCUCAACUUCCGGAGCCGUUUAGGCAUCUACGUGUGGGAAGUCCGUUCUCAAGAUCGACGAAGCCGCCUACGGCAUCCGGCGACGAGCAAGCAAAGCACGAGAUCCCUGCGAAAUCGAUUUUGAGGAUAUCAAACACCGCGAUUUAUCCGCCAGAACUUGAUGGCCCCCCCGAACCUCAUUCUGCACCUGGCGUGGUUUCCAGGAAAGGCUCCGAGAUAGCUGAUGAUUCUGCGGUCCCUGCCAUCGAGCCCAUACAUCACCUACCAGAAGAAACCGUCGAGGGCCAAAACGGCUUGGUCAAGCACAAACUCCUCAACGACCGGCGGCGGGUCUUGACCUUGGACACGGCCGGAGACGUUCUGCUGUGGGAUCUGAUAAGAUGUGAAGUUAUCCAAAGGUUUGGCAAGAAGCAUCUCGAAGACGUCGAGCCCUCGAUAAACACGCUCGAGGCGGUUGCCCCCUGGUGCUCGAUCGAUACGAGCUCCGGAAAUCUAACCGUCGUGCUGGAGCCUUUCAACUGCUUUGACGCUGAAAUGUACGCCGAUGAAUUGGUUCUGGCAGAGCCCGUGGAAUUCCGAGAGGACCAGAGGAUAAACCUGGGGAGAUGGAUCCUGCGAUAUCUGUUUGCCAAGUUAAUCGACGAGGAAAUCAAGCGCGACGAGGUUCACAGGCAAAAGCUCAACGAGGGCGUCGAGAACCGCCGGGCCGCUUCUCGACUUAACCCGCCGAUCUCCAUACCGCUAUCCGCGCCAAAUGUGCAAGGGUGGGAACCCAGCGACUCGCCCGUAACGACUCCUCGCGCGAACGGAGCCAAUCUACCCAUGAGUCCAGGACUAGCUAUAGGCUUAGCUACCCCGGCUUCGAACCUACCGGGUAUUUCCGAGGGUAUCGCCACUCCGGUUAAUCCUCUCGAGAGGGUGUCUAUUCCGCACCAUAGUUGGCCGUCCGGCGAUGAUUAUUUCUCCGGUGGCAUUAGCUCGGUGGAUGCUACCGCGAAAGCCGGCCCGGCCCCGACCCCGGCGCCGGCGGACCAGCCACCCGCUAAGGAAGAGACACCAAAGACCCCGGUAGAGACGAAAGAAAAAGAGAAGGAUGGCGCCAAGUCCCCGAGUACGCCUUUUGCCAAGAAGUUCCGGAUGGGCAUGUCGUUUGGUUCCAAGAAGCUUGGGAAGUCGGCGGCUGCUAACGUCGAGAAACCCGUCGCCACGGAAGAGAAGCCAGAGGAAAACAAGUCGGAGUCGUCGUCUAAUCACGAAAAAGAAGUCGACGACAAUCUCCGCGGCGUAAUCCAGAAAAUCCAUAACGAGUACGAGAAGCAACUCCUCGAGAAUCCGGAUAACACCAUCGAGACGAAAAUCACACCGGCCCUUCCUAUCGACGCUCCAGUGUUGAAGCUCCCAUCCGGCACCAAGGUUAUCAUCCAAGAGGAGACAUCGGGUGGUAGUGCCAACCUGUACCGGGGUACGGUUAUGACCGUCGGCGUAGACGCAGAUAUUAUCGAGGAGAAAGCCCCGGUGUGGCUGGGCGAAGUGCUCCUCACGAACACGAUACCGCAGAAAGAGCCGGUCAAGAUAUCGUUUGUCUUGUAUCCCUGGAAGGACUCGUUACCUAGCAUCGCGGCGGCGGACGGAAACAAUCGCCUCAACGCCAACAGGAUGUUGAGGGUCAAGAAAAUCCUGGCGUACAUCGCCGAAAGGAUCGAUCCGACGUACGAGGAAGCGGGUUCGGAUGCCCUCAAACCAGAGGAAUACAUGGAGCUGUAUUGCAACGAUCAGUUGCUACCUAGUACCAUGAGCCUCGCCACUCUGCGAGCCCAUAUAUGGAAAGGAGGUAAUGAUGUCGUCUUGUACUACAAGGCGAAUGGCCGAAAGGAAAUUCCCAAGGAACUGCCGAAACCGCAAGCGGUAGAAGAGCCUGCUGCGCCGGAAGCUGGAGGACAGCCGGCGGCGGCUACGACGGUCCCAUCACCGAUCGCUACUGUGGGUUGAAGUGGUUUGAGGCAAAGGGGUAAACAAUCGGGAGGGUAUCAUCUGUUAUGUCUAUAUCCGGCAAGUCUAAAGGGGGUAUUCUGUCACCUGUUGUACAUAGAUAAUGGCACUCGUCCACCCCGCAUCCCGAGUCGUGCUCGGAAGCACAACUCGGGAUAUAUAUAUAUAUAAUUAUACCCCACGAGAUUAUACACGGCGAGAGCGAGAGCGGGGUUGCAUUCUCAAGCACCCGUUCCCAUAGUAAGUGCUUUCUCAUCCCGGUUUUCGUUUUCAAUUAGUGUCAUCGUAUGUAAAGGUGUCAUAAAAUGUUCCCCUGCAGGACGUUGACGGCCCACUGGUAGCUGCCCAGGAAGAUGGCGCCGCCGGCGCUGAUCCACAUGACGCGGGGCCCGAUUCCGGCGAAGAAGGGCCGGAUGCCGUGGUUGGACAGCAGGUCCCUCAGGACGACGAAGACGCUCUGGCGUUCCUUGGACAGCAUGACGCGGGUCUUGAGCACGUCGAGCGGGGUAGUGACGGCGGCAGCGACGGCGCCAGCAAGGCUGCCGCAGAGGGCGCUCUCGCCGGCGGUGACGUCGGCGCGGCCGGUGGUGCUGCCG